GUACCAACUUGAGAAAAAAUUAAAUUUGGAUCUGGUAGUACUAUUUCUUGGUGAGAGCAGAAACGUUUCAACCAACUUGUAUGUGACACAGUUAUGAAGCAUUUUCGAAGCACCACUACAGCAAAAAUGUGUAGUUUUUUACACAAAAAUACGCAACAAACGAAGUGAUUACAUAUUAGCAGGUGCUGAUAACUACAAUAUUUCAACUGCUGACAUUCAGUUACCGAUUUUAGUCUAACAAGUAAGCAAGCAUUUGGCGGAAUACGAUUACGAAUUAUUAUAAAAAUUAAUCUAAGUUAAAAAAGUAGUUGUAAAAAAUGAAGUUCUACGUAUUGGUGAUUGCAGCUGUGGCCUAUUUGGCAUAUGUGCACGGGGAUGCCUGCGUGCAGUGUAACUCUGCUACUGAUCCAAAAUGUGCAACAGAUCCUGAAAACUAUUUGGCCAAAACUUGCAGUGUGAAUACAUCCAUUUGCUAUACGAGAGUCCUCAACGGUAAUACGAUACGUGGCUGCGCUUCUGAGUUGGACAACGCCACGGCGGUUGCUUGUCACAAUGAGUUGCAGUGCUUGAUUUGCUCCUUUGCCGAAGGUUGCAAUCGUCUCGUUUUCCCGCAAAGCCGCUCUCAGUGCCUGCAAUGCACGGGUAACUCCACCAGUGGUUGUGCUACAAAUGUCUAUGCCCGGCCCACGGUAUGUCCGAUUUACAAAUUGGGCGAUAAAUGUUAUGUUAGAAAUAAUGGCAAGAACCAAACAAAUUCCUUCCAACGCGGUUGCCUCUCUUCCGCUCAAGCUAGCAAACUCUGCGUGGAUGAGACGAACUGUUUCACCUGCGAAGGCGUCGGCUGUAACUUCAUUUCCGCCAAUAGCACCCAAAUCCCCGUUGCCCGUGAUGGUGCCGCUUUCGUAAGCUCUUCGAUUGUUGUACUUGUCGCCGCUUUGGCGAUAUUGCAUUGGGUUUAAUUUUCAAACCAAUGUAAAAUAUUAAUGCUACUUAAAAUUUUUUAGUAAUUUUUUUUAUAAAGUACAAUUUGUGUGCCUUUCAUCGCCGGAAAUUUCGUGCUCUUGUAUUCAAAUAUGCAUUUCUUUUUGAAAUAUUGUACUACAAAUUAUGAAAUGAAAUAAAUUUCGAACAACAAAAA